GGUUUCUUCGGCUCCUCCGGCCCUGCUGGAGGUAAAACAGUGAGAAGAUAUGAUACAGGGGAAUGAUUCUGCUAUAAUGGAAUUCAUGCUCCUGGGGAUCUCCGAAAAGCCUGAGCUACAGUCUCCACUCUUCUUCAUCUUCCUGAUUGUCUUCAUCCUCAUCCUGAUGGUGAACUUUCUGGUUAUCAUCACCACAGCAUGUGACCCUGUGCUUAGCACCCCUAUGUACUUUUUCCUCAGGAACUUGGCUUUCAUGGAGAUCUGCUAUACCUCUGUCACCAUCCCCAAAAUGCUGAUUAACCUUAUAUUGAAGAAGAAGACCAUCUCUUUUGUUGGCUGUGGUGUCCAGUUCUACUUUUUCCUCUUCCUGGGUACUGCAUUGUGUUAUAUUCUGGCUGUUAUGGCUUAUGAUCGCUAUGUUGCCAUCUGCAACCCACUUCAGUAUGCAGCCUUCAUGAGUAGGAAGGUUUGUAUCCUGCUGGUAUCAGGAUGUUGGGUUAUUGGCAUAUCUGUGUCCCUUAGACAAGUAGCCCUGGUAUUCAGCAUGCCCUUUUGUGGCUCCAAGAUUAUCAACCACUUCUUUUGUGAUGCGCCACCUCUGUUCAGGCUUCUUUGCUCAGGCAUCUCUAUGAAUAAGGUGGAAAUAGUUUUGACAAGCAUCUUGAUCAUCAUCAUCCCUUUUUCACUCAUCUUUUUCUCAUACAUUCGCAUAAUCACCACUAUACUCAGGAUCCAAUCAGUAGAUGGGAGGAGCAAGGCCAUCAACACUUGUUCCUCACACCUCAUUUCUGUUUCCCUGUUCUAUGGCAGUGCCAUAUUUGUAUACCUGAGACCCAAUUCUAGUAACACACCAGGUGCAAAUAAACUGCUCUCUCUCUUCUACACAGUGACCCCUGCCAUUUUAAACCCAAUCAUUUAUAGCCUGAGGAACCACCAGGUAAAAGGGGCUUUAAGAAAACUAUUAGGUGGAAAGAUAGCUCCUCAAAACACCUGA